GACGUAGACGGCUUUGCUUGGGGAGUUGGUUGUGACGUGGCAGAAGGCGGAAGCGAUGUUGCGGCAGGAUAGUAAUGAUGAGACGGAAGAUGUUUCACUUUUUGAUGGAGAAGAGGAAAUGUCCAGGAAGUCCAAGAAAUCAAAAAUAAAACACCCUAUAGCUUCCUUUUGCCACUUGUUCUUCCGGGUCAGUGCAAUAAUUGUCUACUUACUUUGUGAAUUGUUAAGCAGCAGCUAUAUUGCCUGUAUGGUGACAAUAAUCUUACUUCUAUCGUGUGACUUUUGGGCAGUGAAGAAUGUCACAGGGAGGUUGAUGGUUGGCCUCCGAUGGUGGAAUCAGGUUGAUGAUGAUGGCAAAAGUCAUUGGGUGUUUGAAGCCAGAAAGGCAUCUGCUCAGGGGAGGAAAGCUAUUUCAGAAGCAGAGUCCAGAAUCUUCUGGUUAGGAUUAAUCACAUGUCCUUUACUCUGGGUGAUUUUUGCCUUCACUGCCCUAUUUUCUUUCAAAGUUAAGUGGCUGGCAGUGGUAAUUAUGGGUGUAGCAUUGCAAGGAGCUAAUCUUUAUGGCUAUAUUCGGUGCAAAGUGGGUAGCAGGAAGAACCUGACCAGCGCAGCAACUUUCUACUUGGGAAGGCAGUUCCUGCGGCAAACCACACCCAAGGACGACCAAGCAGCAUCUUGAGGUUCAUGAAGAAAUGCUACCUGCCAUUUUCAGUUCUUAUGGAGAAUGAGAGGGGGGAAUCCCUAUUUCUUGGCUUCUGUACAGGAAAUUUAUAAUCUGUGUAUGGAUUUUUGUAAUUAAAUAUCUCAAAGAAGUGUUAAUUAUUACCGUUUCUUACAACUUAGAUUUUACAGAACCCUUCUUGAUUUAACUGACUGCUGGGCUCUUUAAUUAAUUAAAUAAUUAAUUCUUCAUUUAGAAUUAAGUUAAAAAAAUAGAGGUGACAUCUGUGACUAUUUAUAACGUUCCAGUCCUGAAAUAGCCGGAACUGUCCCAAAUAACUUAGCAGUCAAAUAUUUUUGCUAUUUCAAAACCAGCUUGUUCAAGAAGUGUCAUGAUAAGGGCUUGAGCAACCUUUCCUCAUGUGGGAACUGUGGAAUGUAACCUUUAAUACAUGACUUAAUGUGUACAUUAUUGUGAGAUCAGGUAUUUUUAAGAAAGUAUUUUAGAUCUGAAAUAGAAAAUAAUAACAAUUGGAUAAUUUCAGCUAAAGGUCAGGAAUUGAGAGGAAGAACUAAGGGUUCUAGUUUCACAAUCAGAAUAGAAAAACACUGAUGCCUGUUGAUUGGCAAAACAUAACUUUCCUGUUUUGUUUGGUUUUGAUCUGAGCCGCCUUGAAUAUUGAGAUUUCCUGAGAAGUAAGGGCAAGUUCCCUUCAGCUUAAUACCUGAGUGAAAGAGAAUUCUCAGGCUAUAUAUAACUACGGUAACCAACAAGGAUAUAGAUCUCAAUUCAUAGCAUCCUAUAGAGAGAGGAAGGAUUUGAGUGUGCCCUUUUGUGCCACUUAACAAGUUAUAUUAUAGAAGAACUGUUCUGAAAUUGCUAGUGCCAAUUCAUAAUAAACCUGAACAAGCAAUUUCAGAACUUAUGAAAUAAGAGAUAGAGCUAUUUUAAAACUAGGUGGCUCAUGUUAGUAGAAAAAUCAGCCCAGGUAAUCCCUUGGAAUAAUUUAGGUCAGGUGUAUCUAACCUCUGGGUUGUGGCCCAAUACUGCACAUGCACAUUUGCUCACCACUUGUGUGAGCCAGUUCCCCUCCCCACCCUCCAUCCUGCAGCCAGCCUACCAAGCCGCAAAAGUUGGGGGCCAUUGAUUUAGCCCAUCUGCAAAUAUUUCUUUGCAAACAUAAGCAAAAUUUCAGUGAAUUUAGGCUUUACUAAAAACGUGGUAGAUUUCUGCAAAUUGUCCUGCUUUAAAUAGAGUGAGUUCCGUGCACUGGGACUAGCUUGUCAUGGUGUGCUACUGGUAGUUGGGCUGCUUUUCAAAAUCGAUUAAAAUUUAUUGAAUUACUGCUGUUUACUGGAUGGACAUCCAGUUCUUCAUUUCAAACAUGAUCAACUUGUAUAUUUCUCAAGAUGCUUAAACAGGAGUUAAAGCUGGGGUACAGUUACAGUUCAGAUAGUUUGUAAGAUAAGCUUAGGAAAGAAGUAUUGAUUAUAAACAAACUUAAUAUAAGCCUAAUGGUGGUUUAUUGUUCAUUUUUAAAAGAAGCAGUUGGCAAGUUUCUACAUGAAUGCUGAUAGUUAAUGUUCAUAUUUGGAUAUAAAAAGUAAAGGUUCUUGGAAUACAGAAGUAAUGUAUCUAAAAACUCUGUUUUGCAUUGUGCAUGUUUGUGAACCUUUCCAAUUAACCUGUUUUCCAAAGAAAUAUAUUUUUUUAAAGCUGUGAAA